GCCGGCUGUCUGAGGCGCUGGAUGCUGCUCUCACUUCUCCCAGACUUAACGAGCGAAACAGCGGAAUAAAAAUCAGAAUAAAAUCUUUCAAUGGCUUCCAACUUCAACGACAUAGUGAAGCAGGGCUACGUGAGGAUCAGGAGUAAGAAACUGGGGGUCUUCAGGCGAUGUUGGCUCGUGUUCAAAAAAGCGUCAAGUAAAGGGCCUCGACGAUUAGAGAAAUAUCCUGAUGAGAAAGCUGCCUACUUUCGAAGUUUUCAUAAGAUAACCGAGCUGCACAACAUCAAGAACAUUACCAGAAUGCCUCGGGAGACAAAGAAACAUGCUGUGACAAUUAUCUUCAGCGAUGAGACGUCGAAGACAUUCGCCUGUGAUUCAGAGCUGGAGGCAGAGGAGUGGUGUAAGUUGCUUUGUUUGGAGUGUUUGGGCAGUCGGAUCAAUGACAUCAGCCUCGGUGAGCCGGAUUUAUUAGCAGCAGGAGUGCAGAGGGAACAGAACGAGAGGUUUAACGUGUAUCUGAUGCCCACGCCCAAUCUGGACAUUUAUGGCGAGUGCACAAUGCAGAUCACACAGGAGAACAUUUACCUCUGGGACGUCCAUAAUGCCAGAGUUAAGCUGGUCAUGUGGCCUCUGAGUUCGCUGCGACGGUACGGACGAGACUCUACAUGCUUUACCUUCGAGUCCGGAAGGAUGUGUGAUACAGGAGAAGGAUUGUUCACAUUCCAAACGAGAGAAGGAGAAGUGAUCUACCAGCGAGUUCACUCUGCCACGCUGUCCAUCGCAGAACAGCAUGAACGCAUGAUGCUGGAAUUCGAGAAAAAAUCACAGACCUUUUUAAGCGAGAACACAUUAACCAAGUCGAUAUCUCUGCCCCGGAGUGCUUACUGGCAUCACAUCACACGUCAGAACAGCAUGGGAGACAUUUACAGUUAUCAAGAUAAGACAACAGGUUCCAUGAUGACCCUCAUCCCCCGAGCUCAGACUUUCCAAAGCUUCCUGACUGAAGAGACAGAAGAGGAAAAGAGAGAGAAGGAGAGAUCAGGCUCGCCCUCUGGUGAACAUAAAGGGCACUACAGCUCUGCACUGCUGCACUGAUAGCCACUCUUAGCAGGGAAAUCGAGAAGAAAAAAGGAAACGGAGAAGUUGAGAGGGGAAAAAAAGAGAGACAUUUUACAGUUAGAGAAUCAGUAGACAUGUACAGUACAGUAAAGAUGUAUAGUUCUAUAAAUAUCACUUGUAGAGAUGAAUAUAAUCUAGAAUGGUUUUGUACCUGCUGUACAGCAACAGAUGCCUCAAUCUGCAACUUUAUUUUUGCACCUUUCUUUUCUUUUUCUUUUUUUUUCCCCCCUUCUACCGAAAACUCCUUUCUGCACGUUAUCAUAUUUUGUGGACUAUGAGAUGGCUUUCUUGGCAUGAGGAUACAGACAGGAUACUAAGCUAAGCUUCGAGUUGGCCUGAAGAGGCCACGAGUCAGCCAUAUUCGAGAAAUGUAGUAGAAUGACGACUGUGAAAAUGAUCUAAAUCGAAUGAUCUGACCUUCACACGGAGCAGGUCUCAACGCAGAGGCGUGUGGAAUCGAUACCGAGGUAAACUGGGUGCGUCUGAAUUAGUUAUACGGAUAAAGAACGCGACCUGGCUUAGCAGUUAAGCAUGAUUUCCUCGCACCUCUAGAGUCGGGGGUUCGAUUCCCGCCCCUGCCCUGUGUGCGCAGAGGUCGCAUGUUCUCUUUGUGGGUUUCCUCGGGGUACUCCGGUUUCCUCCCCAGUCCAAAGACAUGCUGUGAAACCGGAUAAGUUGAAUUUUAAGCCGAAUACACUUAAAUAGAGUUAACCGAGUUACAUUUCUGUCGUAUUUAAGUGUAAAUCGAUUUUCUUUUUUGAGUUAAAUGAACUUAUCCGGUUUUACAGUGCAGGCAUUGUCGACUGGCUGGCCUUUCCAAAUUGUCCGCGGCGUGUGUGUGUCCGUCGAUGGGUCGGCACCCUGUCCAGGGUGUCCCCCGCCUUGUGCCCCGAGUUCCCCGGGAUAGACUCCAGGCUCGCCGCGACCCUGUGACGGAUAAGCGGUAUGGAAAAUAAAUGGCCGGAUGGAUGGAGGACUAAUACGGCGAGCGUAAACGUGCAUCCCGGAUCCUCAGCCUGCUAGUAAACAAAUCCGCAGUUGCCAUGGUGAGAAGAAAUCCCCACAUCGUAGCCAGAUGGAAACUGGCAUACGCUCAGGACGCGAGACUCUGUUGGUCCGUCGGUAAACACGACGCUAGACUCCUGCGCACAUGUACUCAAGCUUUUUCCCCACGAGGCGCACUUCGCAGCUUUUGGAGAACCGUCGCCCAACAAAACCCCACUCGUCAAUACGUAUAAAAAAACACUCCAUAUCUUUUUGCCCAGGGCUUUUAUUGCCCAUUACGAACUGGCUAAUAAAAGAAAAGAAAAUAGAAACACAUUAAAGUAAAAAAAAAAAAAAAGAAUUUUAUAAUUCCACAGACCUGCCAACCCUGAAGAGCAACAACGUCCUGCGUUAUCGAUCUGCCGCCCUGAGAGCUGACCGGCGCGGGGCAGACCCAACAGCGCUUUUAAAUCUCUUAUCUAAUCAGCAUCGGCAUUAAUAAUGUCCGUAAAGCGUGAGAUUCAUUCAACUCGAAACAUUCCGCAUUUACCUGCAAGUAGAAAGCGAAGACGCCGCAUCAGCGCUUAUUUCAAAAACACCGUGGGCACGGGUUCAAACUUUUACUAGUGUGAAAUGAGGAAAGGGGGCGGGGCUUCCAGAGACCGUCGGUAAAUAUUAGAGCGCUAAAAACGCCGAGAAAGCACCCGCUGUUUUUCAUGACGAAAAACAGACGCUCUUUUGACACGUGAAAACGUGUAAAUGAUUCAAAGUCUAAAAAAAAAAAAAAAAAAAAAAGGUUUAAACGUUCCUUCAGCGGGAAAUCCCGCACUCUUUACACACCUCCACUCUGAAGGAACUUUUCACCGUGAAGUAACGUGUAUUGAUUUGGUUUUUCUCUUGGCAGAAUUUAGAGGCGUGUCUUAUACUCUGAGAGGAAGCUGGCAUAACGUCCAUAAAAUAUGGUAGGUUGCUUGUACAUGAUUUCAUUUUCAAACGCACAUGUUAGAGGAGUGUUCGGUUAGCUUCUCUAAUCAAAAACAAACAAACAAACAAAAAAAAGUCUUUUUGCACCCGGCACUUUUAACCCAAGCCUGAUUUGCACUUCAGUGUUUUUGUUGUUGUUGUUGUUUUGCUCUUUGUGUAUUGUGUAGAUUUGUGACGUGACACUGAGAUCUCACGUAUUUUUUUCGUUUUUUUUUUUUUUUUCCCCCGAACCCCCCGUGUUGAUCACCCAGAGCGGAACGUGCACGGUCGGAAAUAAAGAUAUCGAACUGUACAUUUUUUAAAAAAAAAUUAAUUUUUUUUUUUUGCUCGUCACUGGAGUUGUAAAGUCAAGGGUACAUCUUUUCUACCUUUAGUAUGUAUUUUUAUUUAUUCAUUUUUUACCUGGGAAGGUGCAUGUGGUGUUCAUUUAAUCAGCUUGCAGCGCAAAGGUCCAAUUGUGCACCUUCACUUCUUUGAAAUAUAUACUAUAUUCAUGUGUCCAAGUGAAAGAGACAUCCUAAAGGUGCAUGUCCUCUUGAUGGUGUCAGUGUUUUCCUGUUUUCCAAUACUGAUAGUAGUGCACCCUUAAUCAGUGCGUUUACACGGACGACGGUAAUCCGAUAUGAACCCGGUUAAGACGACACCGGUUAAGAAACUCGCGUGUAAACGGCGAUUAUCGAUGACCUUAAUCCGGUUAAAGUCGCACUCGGAGUAAACACGAAUGGAAUGAAGACGUGUGGAGUAUUUCCUGUUUUAGUCGCGUUAUCGGCGUGCGUUACAGACGUGUACGCACCUUAAUCACGCUAUCAACGUCGUGUGGGAGUUUUCGCCGCAUUGUGCGACAGGACGCGUACGCACACGGCAGCGCUCGACCGUCUGACGGUAAACGAGAGAGCACGGCUGCGUCCCAAACCGCGUACUUGCCUGCUACAUACAAUAGGCUGAAAUACACGUAUUUCAGCUACUGUA